AUGGAUGCGGACACGGCAGCUAUGGGUGGCGAGGUGACCAUCCGCGUGCAGUGGCGCGGGGCCGCGCACGACGUGGUGUGCGGCGGGUCCCAGACGCUCGGCUGGCUGUGGGAGAGGAUCGGCGAGGCGUUCCCGGACGCGGACGUGCCCAGGGCUCGCAUUCUCGGCAUUAGGAAGGGCCGAGCUCUGUUGCCAGAACAUGAGCUGAGCCUCCCGCUGUCGGCACUGGUCGCGCCGUCGGGCCGAGGCACGGUCAAGGCGAUGCUCAUGGGGCCUCAGAAGGACGAGGGCGGGGCCCUGCGUCGCGAGGCCGCGGCGGCAGGCGCCGAGCGCAUGCCCCCUCCCGAGCACGAGACGCGCCGGGAAGAGGCCCGCCUGCGCGCCACGCUCCGCGGCGGCGCGCCGGGAAACCCGUCGCGCGGCACCGAUGAUCGCUUCGGCGGCUAUUCUGCGUGGGAACCCACGGCCCUGGCGCUGAGCCCGCGUCCCACGGAGGCGGAGCGCCUGCUGCGGUCGCUCGCGCGGGACCCCGGGAUCGUCGGCGUGAUGAGGACGCGCGGGUGGAGGGUCGGGAAGCUCACUGAGAUGCCGCCCGAGGGCUUCGUUGGCAUUUCGCCCGUGUGCGUGCUCGGAUUGAACAUCAAUAAGGGCCAGGAGAUUCAGUUGCGGUUACGCACCGACGACCUCAAGGGGUUCCGGAAACGGGAGGUGCUCAUCGAGGUGCUGGUGCACGAGCUCGCGCACAUCGUGUUCUCAGAGCACGACGGGAACUUCAAGGCGCUCAAUUCGGAGCUGCUGCGGGAGGUGCGGGCGAUCCACGGGGGCGCGGCGCGCGUCGGUGCGGGCGCGGGGACCCUGCAGCGCGCGCUGGACGCGCUCGAGGCGGACGUCCCGCCGAGCUGGCAGACGGUCGCUGCGGCCGAGUCCGGGAAGAAGCUGAAGGACAUCGGCGCCGCCGGCGGGCCGAAGCGACGCAGCGCAGACAGCAGCCUCGACUCUGAACGCACCGAGGCCUCCGCGUAG